AUGGCUUCCAAGCUCCUCUUCCCCUUCUUCACCAUCCUCCUCCUCCUCCUCUCCGCCGCUUCCGCCCAUCUCCCUGUCGACACCUCUCUCAAGCUCAUGGCCGACGCCCUCGAAUGGCCCACCACAAUCUCCAUUCCCGACCUCGACCACGACCACGACCACGACGACCUUCACCAAGACCCGCGCAGAUCUCUCUUCUGGAGCCGAGUCCACUACUACAUCUCCUACGGCGCUCUCGCCGCCAACCGGAUCCCUUGCCCGCCUCGUUCCGGCCGCCCUUACUACACUCACAACUGCUACAAGGCUCGCGGCCCUGUCAAUCCCUACAGCCGUGGAUGCUCCGCCAUCACCCGCUGCCGCCGCUGA